AUGGCGGGGGCGCCGCGCGGCCGAGGCGGCGGCGGAGGCGGAGGCGGCGGUGGAGGCGGUGCAGGCGAGCCCGGGGGCGCCGAGCGGGCGGCCGAGUCGGGCUGCCGGCGCGGGCUGCGGGCGUGCGACGAGGAGUUCGCGUGCCCCGAGCUGGAGGCGCUGUUCCGCGGCUACACGCUGCGGCUGGAGCAGGCGGCCACGCUGAAGGCGCUGGCCAUGCUCAGCCUGCUGGCGGGCGCGCUGGCGCUGGCCGAGCUGCUGGGCGCGCCGGGGCCCGCGCCCGGCCUGGCCAAGGGCUCGCACCCCGUGCACUGCGUGCUCUUCCUGGCGCUGCUCGUGGUCACCAACGUCCGCUCGCUGCAGGUGCCGCAGCUGCAGCAGGUCGGCCAGCUGGCGCUGUUCUUCAGCCUCACCUUCGCGCUGCUCUGCUGCCCCUUCGCGCUGGGCGGCCCCGCCGGGCUCCACGCCGGGACGGCUGCGGGCCCGGCGGCCGCGGACCAGGGCGUCUGGCAGCUCCUCCUGGUCACCUUCGUGUCCUACGCCCUGCUGCCCGUGCGCAGCCUGCUGGCCGUUGGCUUCGGGCUUGUGGUGGCCGCCUCGCACUUGCUGGUCACAGCCACCUUGGUCCCCGCCAAGCGCCCCCGUCUCUGGAGGACACUCGGCGCCAACGCCCUGCUCUUCGUGGGCGUGAACGUGUACGGGCUGUGCGCCCGGGUGCUGGCCCAGCGCUCCCAGCGGAGGGCCUUCCUGCAGGCGCGCACCUGCAUCGAGGACCGGCUGCGGCUGGAGGACGAGAACGAGAAGCAGGAGCGGCUGCUCAUGAGCCUCCUGCCCCGGAACGUUGCCAUGGAGAUGAAGGAGGACUUUCUGAAGCCCCCUGAGAGGAUUUUCCACAAGAUUUACAUCCAGCGGCACGACAACGUGAGCAUCCUGUUCGCGGACAUCGUGGGCUUCACGAGCCUGGCCUCGCAGUGCACGGCCCAGGAGCUGGUCAAGCUGCUCAAUGAGCUCUUCGGCAAGUUCGACGAGCUGGCCACGGAGAACCACUGCCGGCGCAUCAAGAUCCUUGGGGACUGCUACUACUGCGUGUGCGGCCUGACCCAGCCCAAGAGCGACCACGCCCACUGCUGCGUGGAGAUGGGCCUGGACAUGAUCGACACCAUCACGUCCGUGGCCGAGGCCACCGAGGUGGACCUGAACAUGCGCGUGGGGCUGCACACGGGCCGGGUGCUCUGCGGCGUCCUGGGCCUGCGCAAGUGGCAGUACGACGUGUGGUCCAACGACGUGACCCUGGCCAACGUCAUGGAGGCCGCGGGCCUGCCCGGGAAGGUGCACAUCACCGAGGCGACGCUGGCGUGCCUGAACGGGGACUACGAGGUGGAGCCCGGCCACGGGCAGGAGAGGAACGGCUUCCUGAAGGCGCACAACAUCAAGACCUUCUUCAUCGUGCCCUCGCACCGGCGCAAGAUAUUUCCGGGGCUGAUCCUCUCGGACAUAAAGCCGGCGAAGAGGAUGAAGUUCAAGACCGUGUGCUACCUGCUGGUGCAGCUCAUGCAGUGCCGCAAGAUGUUCAAGGCCGAGAUCCCCUUCUCCAACGUCAUGACCUGCGAGGACGACGACAAGCGCCGGGCCCUGAGAACAGCCUCGGAGAAGCUCCGGAACCGCCUGUCCUUCUGCGCCAAUGCCGCCCAGGCCGCCCCUGGCACCCGCGUCAACAGGUACAUCGGCCGCCUCCUGGAAGCGCGCCAGACGGAGCUAGAGACGGCGGACCUGGGCCUGUUCACCCUCCAGUACAAGCAGGCCGAGCGGGAGCGGAAGUACCACCAGCUGCAGGACGAGUCCUUCACCAGCGCCGUGGUGCUCGCCCUGGUCCUGGCCGCCCUGUUCGGCCUCGUCUACCUUCUGAUAAUCCCGCAGAGUCUGGCCGUCCUGCUCCUGCUGGUGUUUUGCAUCUGCUUCUUGGUGGCCUGUGUCCUGUACCUGCACAUCACCCGGGUCCAGUGUCUCCCAGGCUGCCUGACCAUCCGGAUCCGCACGGCGCUGUGCGUGUGCGUCGUCGUCCUGGUCUACGCCGUGGCCCAGGGAUGCGUGGUGGGCUGCCUGCCCUGGGCCUGGAGCUCCAGUCCCAACGGGUCCCUGGUGGUCCUGUCGCCCGGAGGCGGGAGCGCAGCGCCGCCCGCGUCGCCCUGCGAGGCGGCGCCCCACGCCCUGCUCUGCGGCCUCGUGGGCACGCUCCCGCUCACCAUCUUCCUGCGGGUCUCCUCCCUGCCCAAGCUGGUCCUGCUGGCCGUGCUCAGCGCGUCCCACGUCCUGGUGCUGGAGCUCAGCGGGUGCUCCGAGGCCGCGGGGGGCGGCGCUGGCCCCGCACGCAGCUUCGAGCCGGUCCUGGCGAUCCUGCUGUUCUCGUGCACGCUGGCCCUGCACGCCCGGCAGGUGGACGUCAAGCUGCGGCUGGACUACCUGUGGGCCGCACAGGCGGAGGAGGAGAGGGACGACAUGGAGCGCGUGAAGCUGGACAACCGGAGGAUCCUCUUCAACCUGCUGCCCGCCCACGUCGCCCAGCACUUCCUCAUGUCCAACCCCCGCAACAUGGACCUCUACUACCAGUCAUACUCCCAGGUGGGCGUCAUGUUCGCGUCCAUCCCCAACUUCAACGACUUCUACAUCGAGCUGGACGGCAACAACAUGGGCGUGGAGUGUCUGCGGCUGCUCAAUGAGAUCAUCGCCGACUUCGACGAGCUCAUGGACAAGGACUUUUACCGGGACCUGGAGAAGAUCAAGACCAUCGGUAGCACCUACAUGGCUGCAGCAGGGCUGGCGCCCGAGGCUGGGGCCAAGGCUAAGAAGUCCGUCUCCUCCCACCUCAGCACGCUGGCGGACUUCGCCAUCGAGAUGUUCGGCGUCCUGGACGAGAUCAACCGCCAGUCCUACAAUGACUUCGUGCUCCGCGUGGGCAUCAAUGUCGGCCCCGUGGUGGCUGGCGUGAUCGGGGCCCGCCGGCCGCAGUACGACAUCUGGGGGAACACCGUGAACGUGGCCAGUCGGAUGGACAGCACCGGUGUCCCCGGCAGGAUCCAGGUGACGGAGGAGGUGCAGCGGCUGCUCGGGCAGGGCGCCUACCACUUCCUGUGCCGCGGCAAGGUCAGCGUCAAGGGCAAGGGCGAGAUGCUGACCUACUUCCUGGAAGGCAGACAGGACGCAAACGGCUCGCACACCAGGCCCCUGGCCUCUGAGCGGAACAUGCGUCCUUGUGGGAGAGCCGGCCCCCAGACCAGACUGGCUGCGGGCCGUCCCCCGGUGGCCCCCGUGGUUGGCCGCCCGGUUGGUGGUGGGCCGGGGGCGCGGCAGGGCUCAGGGCUCACCGCCCGGCCCCCUGACCCGCACCCACCCCCAGGAGCAGCUGGGAAGGAGGCUUAGGGGAGCCGUGCUGGCCGCUGGGGGCACAGGGCCCAUGCUUGGGGCUUCCAUCACUCCAGUAGGACCAGCCCGGCCAGUGGAGCGGAGCGGGGCUGGGCCGGCCGCCAGGCUGGGGCGGGGGCCAGCCCCACCAGCGCAGACACGGGGCUGCUCCACCCUGUCCUCAUGGCAGGGCAGGGCGGGGGCUGGCCGCCCAGGCCGGGCAGGCGAGUGCAGGGCUGCAGGCUCCCAGGGGAGCAGCCUGGAGUGGCCGGGAACGAGGCCUGGGACCAGGCCCAGAGCCGCUGGGCCCCGGACAGACGGCCUGGGGAGGCCGGGGAGCCUGGGCCUGCGGCCCGGGGUGGGGGCUGCUGGCCCCUUUUAAGAAUCACUUUUUGCCAAGAGCCAGAGGCCGGUCCCCUGCGGCCACAUCCCUGCCUUGUGACCAGUGCGUCCCGGUCGCGUGGGCCGUCCCCCGGCUCCGUCCUGCUCACCGUGCUGGUGGGUCGGCGUGGCCCUCACUUCCUGGGUGGCCUCUCGGGGUCCUGCGCGUGGACUGGGGGUGCGCGGCGUCGCUGACUCUGGAAACAGGUGGCACUCACGGCCGGAGGAGCUUCCUUGUCUGAAGGUGUUUCUGGGGCGGAACCAGCCGCCCGGGACGUGGUCUCAGCCGUAGAACUGGGUCCCCUGCGGCCAGCAGGGCCAGUGUCUACUUCCAGGAAGUGGGUGGGUCUGCGGGCGUGGGGCGUGGUCUUCCAUGUGGGGAGACAGGCCGUGGCCCCCGAGUUGGGCUGUGCUGUCGCAGACGGGGGGCACUUUGCAGAGGGAGUGGUGGGUGUGGCUGUGCAGUGGGGAGGCCCCACUCUCCAGGGGGCCCCUGCGACCUUGUGUCCCCCUAGAGGUCGGGGAGGUCAGCAGAGUUGUCAAGGCAGGUCACAGGUGAGUGGACGCAGGGGGUGGGAGGUGAGGAUGCCCAACCACUGGCGUUGGGGCAGCGGGGGUCACCCCCCAACCCAGCGAGUGGGGACAGAGGCCUGUAUGAGAGCCACACACCAGACGCACCAGGAGUCCUGUGAGAGUCUCAGCUGUGCCCACGCAUGCCGGGGCCCCGGUCCGCAGACCACCCGUGUGCAGAGCUGGGAGACACCGGUAGCUGCGCCAGACCGUGAGGUCCCCGGGAGCCGCCCCUCCUCCACGGGCAAGGCCACUGCUUCCUGGGACACGGGGGUGGGGGGGGCAGCCUCACCUGAGCGGGAGGCACCUCUUUCUGGUUCGUGAUGAGACUGUCGUGUUGCCUUAUUUACUUUUAAUCUCGUACAAUAUCCACGCACAAACGUUAGGGCCUUCGAGUGGGAUCCUCCAACACUCUGUAAAUAGCGCCCCGGGAGCUGGGGCCGCCCGCCGGCCCCGCCAGCACGGAGGAGAGCCGCCCAGUGCGUUUCUAGCGCCUCUCACCCCGCUCGGCAGUGCCCCGCCCCCGGAGCGGUCCCCUGCCCCCGCAUGCCCCCGCAUGCCCGUGCCCGCCCGCAGCAGAGCAGAACACGGCCCCGAACUCCCGGCCCCUCGGUGGCAUCUGCACCGCAGACCCAGCCGGCUGGACCUGACCUGUCCGCCAGGCGCCAAAGCCACCAGGGCUGCCAGGCGCCUGGUGUCGCCGGAAGCAAUAACUAACUCUAUCUAAACGCAGAGACAAGUCUGGCCCGAGCAGACGGCUGCCUCAGAGACAGGCUGCGUGUGUUGGUUGGCCAGAAGGAGGGCGCUGUGGGGCGACACCCCAGCCUCCCGGCCGCCCCGCGCGCCCGUCUCGGGCAGCCCCUCUCUGGGGCUGGCCGUCUGCACCGGGCUCGGGAGCCCCAGCCGGGUGGUCCCCGGGGCUGUCCCUCCGGCCAAGAUGCCCGUCUCCGUGGUAAACAGGCUGCUGUGGGCCCCGGGCGUCCCGACCCCCAUUCCCGUCCCCUCACAGAAUACCGUGCCGUCCUCACGGCCACCUUGAGGCAGCCUCCUGCUUCUGCUGCCGCUCCAGCAGGAUGGGUGGGCCAGCCCGGACUUGGGGGUCUCCCCAGGACCCGUCUCGCUUCCAUCUGCGCCCCCUCCUUCUGCACCGCGAGUCCCCGUGACCCCGAGUCACAGGUCCUGCCCGAGACACGCGUGCAUGGCUUGUGAGCAGACGGGGCGGACCACAAGGUCGCCGUGGCAGCUUUGACCUUGAAAACGAGCAGACCAGCGGGUUCCAAGGCAGUGACUCCCAGACAUGGACUUCCCCCGUGUCGUACUGGUUUCCACUAAAAACAAAAAACCCCAACAUAAGUAAAGAAACAAAAGACUCAACCUUACCAGAGGCGGUGGGUCUGGAAAUAGCGGUUUGGGGUCAGCAAGGAGCAGGCGCCGUGGCUGGAGGCCGAGGGCGUGCGGUGUCCCUGGGCCUGGAUGCCCGUUUCUGGUGGCUGGAGGCUCUGGGGGUCCCUGCGGCCGCUGGGACCCUUCAACACUCCAGGUCUUGCAGCCGGUGGGCCGUGAGCAGUGUGGCGUUUUCUCCUGGGGCGUCUCGGGCCGUGGGCGGGGGCCGCAUGGGGGCCCCGAGCUGCUGGCCUGUGUGUCCAAGGCCAACAGCAGGGACUCAGGCAUCCACAGGUGGACAGCACAGUGUCCACCCUCACGUGACACAGGCUGUGAGGACAGAGCAGGGCCGGGUGCCUGCGGCUGGCGCAGUGGGCACUGGGGCAGUCAGGUCGCCGUGACCUCCGUGGGCCCUGGCACCUCCACACCCUCCAAAUCGCACCUGAACCAGGUGGGCUGAGGCCAGUCUCCCAGCUGGACCCAGCCCCCGAGGAGGGCUGGUAGGGGGUGGGACAGGGCCUAAAGACCCCCGGCCGGAGGGCAUGAGGGGCUCCGUGGGGCUCAGCUGGAGGGGAGACAGGUCUUCCCAGGCUGGGGCGGAGCCGGGAGCCUGGGUGGGGUUUUCUGUGAGCCGGUGGGCGGAGCUGAGUGUGGAUCUGGAGAUGGCGUGGACCCCGAGUGGGCGGGACCAGGGCGGAGGGGUCGGGGCUGGAGUGGCCAGCAGGGCAGCUGGUCGGACCAGCUCCAGCAGCUGUGACCUGACUUAGAUUCCCCCUCCGAAAGUAUCGGGGGCCCCGCGGGCACAGCCCUAGACAGCCACCCGCACGGGGGUGCCCCGACCUCAUACUUCCCAUACGUCCCCCCUCCUCCCGUGGCAGGGCCCCCAGGUGCAGGUGGCGGGCUGGUCCCCACAGCCCACACUGGGCAUGCCGCAGGCGCGGCCCCACAGCACGAGGCCCCACGCGGGGAGGUGGGGCCGUGUCCCAAGGGCUGAGCCCCGUCCCGCCGCUAACGACAGGUCCCUUAGGAUGGAGCACGUUCAGCCCGGAAUCCCCCUCCCAUGUCUGGCCCCACUUUCUGUCCGGACCCAAGUCCUAGGGCGCAGCCCGCCCCUGCCCAAGGAAACCCUGUCUGCAAGGCCCGCCGGACAGACAUCGGACGCGGCAGAAGGGGGUCCGCAGGUGCCCCCACAUCACACACACCUCUCCAGUCCCCGGAACCCAGCCCCGCGCCUGGCCAGAGCCACCCCGUGUCCCUGUCACCUUGCAGGCCGGGGGUGGGUGGUCAGUGCUCCUUCCCGGCGCCAGAGGUGGUCUGAGAGCAGGGAGUUCCAGGGGCCGCGAGCCUCUGCCCCUCCCCCGGGCCCGAGCCCCGUGGUCCCCGCGGCUCAGGCCGCAGGGAUUUGGCUUGCGAUGCAGACUCUCACCGAGAAUCGAUGCUGAAACGGAGGUGACCUGGACCGGCCCGGGGGGUGGGUCCGGCCCUCCGGGCUCCCCAGGCGCGUGUGGGCGGUGAGCGGGAGCAGCCGCCCGGGCUCCUGCGCAGCCAGACUCGUCUCUUGCCUCCCACCAGCACCCCACACGGCCCCAGCACGAAGCACACACGUCUCAGGGGACUGUCCCCCCAACCCGGGAGCCCCGAGGGAGCCCCGUGGCCUCUGCCACGUGCAGCGGGCGUCCCGCUCCUGGCACCGUCCUGCCCAGGGGAGCGGUUUUGCCUUCGUCCCUGUGAAAACCGUGCACACCGAAGCCAUUCGCACACGGGCUGCAUGCCGUGACGUCCCCGAGUGUGUGGUUUUAGUUUGCGUUCGGAAUCACACAGCAUGCACAGCAAAGGGCCGUCUGCUGGCUGGCCGCAGAGCGCCCCCGAGAGGGCGGGGCCCGGAGCCCAGGCCCGCCCACACGCCCGCCCCGUGCACACUGGUCGCACACGCGAGCACGCGGAAUGUCCCCGCCCCUUCGCGGUGGGCCCCGCUCACCCCGCUGCGGUGAGGCCCGUGUCCGCUGCGGGCCGUCCGUCCUCCGUGGGAACAGGGUGCCGUCUGGGUCCCUGUAGGGGGCCGUUCCUCCGCGGCCGCAGAGCGGCGGCUCGGGCGCGGCCUCCCACCGGGACAGCGCUGCGAGGCGCGCACACAGACGCCGCCGGAACGACGGCUCGAUGCCACCUUCUCGCGACAGGUGUGUACGAUCAAUACGGGUCUAUUUUUACGUCAGCAGAACACUGUAGAGCACCUUCCAGUCUUUUCCGAGGUUGUCACGCCGAGACGAGUCCUUGAAUAACCUGUCCUAUUUUUAUUUCAAAAACACGCGAAUGGACUGAACUGUUACAUGUGAAUGUACGUUUCUUAAUUGCAACUUUUCUACUGAGUGUUUGCACUAUACUUUCUGGAAUCUUAUUUAACAAAAAGUAAAG